GCAGUAUUCAUUUUGUGCCUCCUCAGCUGGUGUAAGCUCUACAGGACAGCUUUAUCGACAACCGACAGCUCAUCAACUCGUCACACGUUGGACCGAGGCGCAUUGCUUUGCAUCGGUCAGCUUACCUCAAAUACGCCGCCUUGCGCAUCCCAGGACCCACCGUCUUGACCGCAACCACGAGACCUAUUUCGCAACUCAUGCACCCGUCAUAGCUUGAGGACCUUUUCUCAUUCUUAUAAUCUGCGCAGCGACCAUCAUCUUAAACGAGCGACAUGGUGAGACCGGUUUGCGAGGCUGCCUCGCAAGAAGAGGAGCGAAUUAAGGAAGAUCCGAUAUGGAAAUCGCUUACUUUUCAUCACUUUGGACUUAUUCUUUCUGCGACAUUUGGUCUAUUAGCUGUUGUCAUUGCGCUCUUCCUAAUCCUUCGUCAUGCCACCCACUACCUCAAGCCUUGGGAACAGAAACACAUCAUUCGAAUUCUUUUCAUGAUACCCAUUUAUGCGACUGUCUCCUUCCUCUCCUACAUUUACUAUCGCCAUGCAGUGUAUUUCGAACUCAUCCGAGACUGCUAUGAAGCUUUUGCGAUUGCAAGCUUCUUUACCUUGAUGUGCCACUAUGUUGCGCCAAAUCUACACGAGCAGAAGGAAUACUUCAGAACCAUAGAACCAAAGAAUUGGGUAUGGCCGAUGAACUGGAUGCAAAAGUGCACAGGCGGGGAGAUUAAAGGUGUCUUCCGCAGACCGUUGAGUGGCUUGACAUGGUUCAAUAUUGUUUGGAUAAGCAUCUUCCAAUAUUGCUUCAUACGCGUAUUUUUCACCAUCGUAGCAGUUGUCACCCAGGCCUUCGGUGUCUACUGCUCGUCUUCCAUGGAUCCCCGCUAUUCACAUAUCUGGGUAAUCGUUGCUGAAGGCCUCUCAGUCACCGUGGCCAUGUAUUGUUUGAUUCAGUUUUACAUACAGCUGAAAGGUGACCUGGCACCUUACCGACCAUUCCUGAAGGUCCUCUGCAUCAAGCUUGUCAUUUUCUUCUGCUUUUGGCAGUCACUCGUAAUUUCAUUUCUCACAAGAGAAGGCGGUCCCUUAAAAACCAGUAAAAAAAUCCAAGGCCCUGAUCUGAGAAUUGGCAUUCCCUCGAUGCUUGUUUGCGUUGAAAUGGCAAUAUUUGCGGUUUUGCACUUGUUUGCAUUUCCAUGGAAGCCAUACGAUCUUGGCAGAAACCAGAACCCGCUUCAUGCCUCUGGCGAUGGCUUCUCCGGGGACAUCCCCAAGCGAUACGCCCAUGGCCCGGCGCGGGCCCUGGCAUCUGCCUUCAAUCCUUGGGAUAUCAUCAAAGCAUGCGGCCGUGGUUUCCGCUGGCUAUUCGUUGGUGUGCGACACCGCAAAGCCGAUAUUUCCUAUCAGACAAAACUUGGAUCAAUUUCGUCGACUAGGUACCCCCAAGGACCGACUUUUGCCGGAAAUGGGGAGCUUGCGACAGAGAUUACAAAGCCGCGGAAGGGUUCAGCUGGCGCUGGUAAAAAUGGGUUUGAAGACUCAGACACUGCUGGACUAUUAAGUCACACGCAAGCUAAUCCAUACGCGGGACAGGACCCAUAUAGCGUAUCACACGGCAGGCCAGCAGCAACAUACAACCCGGACAGCCUUCCAGCAGCUCCCGCUCCUGGACAGGAAUACGGUGUAACGAGACCAGAGCGGGGCAGACGGACCGAGCUCGAGCCUCAAGAUAGGUCGUAUCGCGGGGCAAGAGUCAGCCCAAGUCCACCACGGCUGCCACAAUUGAAUACCGAACGACCGAUGACCGAGUGGGAUAUGUUUGCUGGCGCGAAACCGGGGCCGAGACCCCCGGGCGGCGGCCCACCUGGAAUGAUAUGAUCUACUUUUAAGGAGUGGGUUUAAGUGUUUUUUCUUCUUUCUUGUACUGGUAGCGGAUUGGUCGCAUUGGCUUUCACCUGGAUGCAUACUCAGGCGCGGUAUAGCACCGACGUAAGUGGUCAUGGCGAUGACCUCUGGCGUCUAGUUUCCUCACGGUUCUAUUGUUUUGAAUUUGGUAUGGGCAGCAUCAUUCUUCUUGGAUACCCUAUUCUUAGUCAGGGUUCUGGAAACCGACUUUGGAGAUGUAAUGAUGAAACGGCGAAUUAGGCAGUCUGGAAAUAUGUGGUAUCAGAG